AUCUAUUCAAGAGUAGUAGGUAAUAAUACAUAGUGAAAUCGUUCACAUUUUUUGUGAUUUUAUCUUUAAAUGAUAAUAACUAUUUUACAUGUCAUUUUGUUUGUUUGGAUUUUAAAUGUUAGUGUUUUAAAAACCUAAUGUCUUUAUAAUAACGAAUUACAUUAAUAAAAAUGGGUGCUUUAUUUGGUAAAAAUAAGAAACAAGUAAGCAGAAUCACUGAACAAGAUAAAGCAGUUCUACAGCUUAAACAACAGAGAGAUAAGUUGAAACAAUAUCAGAAAAGAAUAGAAUUGAAUCUUGAAAGAGAUCGUCAAUUGGCUAAGAAACUCUUAGCUCAAGAUAAACGGGACAAAGCGAAACUUCUGCUAAAGAAAAAACGUUACCAAGAACAACUACUUCAAAACACAGAAUCGCAAUUAGAAAAAUUAGAGCAAUUGACUCAUGAUAUCGAAUUCGCCCAAAUCGAAGUACAGGUGCUGGAUGGGUUGAAAACUGGUAAUAUUGCACUGAAAAAGGUGCAUGAUAUUUUGAGUAUUGAUGAAAUUGAAAAGAUUAUGGAUGAAACUAAAGAGGGAAUAGAAAAGCAAAGAGAGAUAGAUGAACUUAUUUCUGGUCAGUUGACCAAGGAAGAUGAAGAGGAAAUUGAAGCUGAACUUGAAUCAAUAUUAGAUGUAAAAGACCAACUACCAGAUGUGCCUGCAGAUAAACUGCCAGAAGUUAUUGAAGAUAGUGUUAUAGACAAACCUCGUAAAGCCAAAGAGGCCCCUUCAAAAGUUGCCAUGGAAGCCUAAAUGUAUAUUAUUUUACUGCAAUUAAGAGUGUAUAUAGUUUGUCUUAAGUAUAUUAUAUUUUUUAAUCUCACCGUUU